AUCUCAAUUGCAGACUCGGAGAAGAUAUUUUGUCUCUCUCAAACGUUAGCACACCACUUGCCGUUCUAAGCCUCUUCUUUCUUAAUAAAAACGUUGGACGGAGACAAUCCAAGGACCCUAUUUGUCUUUCUCUCUGUUUCUCUUCUGAAGAGAAGAACAAACAGAGACUUCGAUCGAGUUUUGUUUCUGUUUCGUCUCUUUAUGGUUUGACUCAGGGACUUUGUUCGGAUCUUAGUCGGAUUAUUUUCUGGAUUGGGGUUGGAAGAGUGAGGUAUUAUGGAUCGGGAAGGAGGAUCCAGCGGCGGAUCUUGCUACUACUCUGUUUUAGGGAUUCGCAAGGACGCCUCCUUCUCUGAUGUCCGCACUGCAUAUCGGAAACUCGCCAUGAAAUGGCACCCAGACAAGUGCGCUCAGAAACCAGCGGCGGCCGGAGAAGCCAAGCGGCGGUUUCAGCAAAUCCAAGAAGCUUAUUCCGUCCUCUCCGAUCAGUCUAAGAGAUCAAUGUACGAUGCCGGAAUCCUCAAUCCUCUUGAAGGAGACGACGAAGAGUUUUGUGAUUUCAUGGAAGAGAUGAUCUCAAUGAUGAACAAUGUAAAAGACGAGGGGAAUAGUUUCGAAGAUCUGCAAAAGAUGUUCGUGGAAAUGGUUGGUGGAGAUGGCUUGAACUUAGACCGUGAAGAAGAACAGACGGGCUCAAAGAGGGCACGUGUCAGCGCAUCAAAAGGUAAUGCCGCCAAGCGUAGUACCGCCUCAUGCCGCUGACGUGAUGUACUUUGAUCGAACGGUCAAUAUUGUCAUCGUUGCUUGAUUGGGGGUAGUUUAGGCAAUUCAGUCUGAUGUUUGGAUGUCUUCCCUUCUCCGGGAUGAUCCUCACAGAAGUUGAAAUUUGUAAUUGUGCCUUUUAUUUUAAUAAAUUUUUCUUUGUGGUCAA